GAGGAUACUGAGAUCAAACGUUAAAUAUGACGAGUCUACAGCGGCAACGCCAGUUAUAAAACUCAUUACCUUUUCGACACGUCAUACUGUAUCUUCUACCCUGAGAAAACAGUGGAGCUAACAAAAUUUUUCACAGCAGGCUAGUUUUAAUUUAACUUUCUACUUAAAACCAACGGUUGAACGUCUGCUCAGUUUCCUGACUACACGUCAACAGUGUCACGGCGAUGGAGCGACGACUUUUGACGAUUACGUUGGCGGCGGUGGCAGUUGUUUUUUUAAUGGUGAUUGCUACAGCAGAUUCUAAAGGCGAUCCUAGGGACUGCGAAGUCUGCAUUGGAACGCUAGAAAGGUUUCUGGAGACUGUUCCUGAUGAUGAGAAGGGUGACAAAGAGAAGAUUGAGAAGAGGUUCCAGAAGUAUUGCAAAGAUGCUAAAGGAAAAGAUCAUAAGUUUUGUGUAAUGCUGGGAGCUGUUCCCAAUUCACCCACCCGCAUCUUGGACAAGAUGACCCAGCCACUCAGCUGGCGCAUGCCCCCAAGUAAAGUAUGUGAAAAGCUGAAGAAGGCUGACCAACAGAUUUGCGAGCUGCGAUAUGAAAAGCAAAUUGAUUUGACUGCAACGGAUCUGAAGAAGCUUCGGGUGAGUGAGCUUAAGAAGAUCCUUUCAGCUUGGGGCGAGGACAGCGUCUGCAAAGGAUGUGCAGAAAAGGCUGAUUUUAUUCGAGAAAUAGAACGUCUUAUGCCAAAGUAUGACCCAGAGGCUGCUAAGAAACGGAGCCAGAAGACAGAUCUUUGACCUUGAAUGGAUUUCAUAGUUUUUGUGAUGCUUUUACAAACACCCCAUUUACGUCCGACACACAAAGUUUGACUGUGAGAAUGUUUGCUACUAGGGUGAAAACAGUAUAAUGUCAGACCGCAUUGUUUGAGUGCCAUUUGAGAUCGUUCUGUAUAUAUAAAAAACAAAACAAAAAAAGGGAAAGUGGGGAUGUUGCAAGGUUGUAUCUGAUGUGGAUGUGGCAGAGAGAAACAAUGAAAGUGUAUAUUAAUUUAUCUUAUAAUACCUCUCAUUUCACAGAAGUCACGACAUGGAUCAUAAGAAAACUUUAGUUUCUAUCCUCUUGCACUUACUUAAUUUUUGUGCCAAGUAAUGGCAAAGUUAAAGAUCAAAGGAAGAAAUGUUUGACAUCUAACAUUGAGCAGGUUUUAUUUAAAGAAAAAAUAAAACAGCUGGGACAAUCCUUAAUUUGAGCAGGAUCUUUGUACAGUUGCUUAGUGUAUCUGUGUUCCAAUAUGUUAUGAAAUAUUUUUGUUAUGUGCCGGUUGAAAGAAAACAACAAUGUUACACUACUAUGAUGAAAAAUGUUAAGUGAAUAAACAAAGGCAAAAAGUAAACGUGAUGUAAUCUUUUCUGUUUGCCCAAGACAUUGUCAAUAUAUCUUGCAUAUAGAUGUGGGCUCAUAUAUAGGUUAACUGCUGCGAGAUGCAUUCACAGAACUCGGGUAACUGUCCAUAUGAUUUCCACUUGCCUAAUCUUGGCUAAUUUAGAACAUUCAGCACUAAACAUUGACUGAGCUGAAAAGAAAACAUUUAAUGGAAGUGAUUGGCAGUACAUUCAAGAAGAUUGACUUCUAUCAACUAGACAUAAUAGAAUAAAGCUGUGAAAGCAAUAACUCACAGGGUCAUUUUUUAGUUUUGUGGUUGAAGCAAUCCAAACUGAACUUGUGAGUGGAGUAAAAACGAAACAGGAAAACUGUUAAUAUAAGUUGUGUUUGUUGAUUACUUUAACUUGCCUUUUGAUCUUAAUAAACUCCAAAUUCUGAACUGUAAA